AUGUCACACUUAAUUCAGUUUCAUGCAUUCCUAGAACAUUCUUUUCCACACGACAGCUAUUGCGAUUCAGGGCCAAUCAGCGAACAGCUGGCACAUCAGAACACAGAAGAUACAUUUUACGAAGCUGUCACCAAUCGUGAGUGCAUAAAUGGUGUUCUGACAAGUACUGAUAUGUUUUGUGAGAAUGUUGUAUAUAAAGAGUCUGGAGUUUCCAGCCUUACUGAGUUGAAGAGUGAAGCUGCAGUUCUAUGUGCCGUUGAAAGAGUUAGCAGUAAUGUCAGGCAUAAACUCGGCGAACAGUUUUCCCUGAAACGUCUCUCACUUGCAUCAAAAUCAUCUAGCAGAGACUUGAAAGACGUAAACAGUAUCGUUAGCGCCACACUAUCGUCUUCUAGCAGCGUUUUGUAUGACUGGAUAGGCUCUAAACAUGACAUUAACUUUUCAUCUGACUUAAAGGACCUGAAGUUUGGUAAACGCCUAGAUAUGGAUGUGGGAACUCGAGAAUUAUUGGAAAAACGAAUUCGGAAUUCCAAGCCACAAAAAUCCUACGCUAUUUUAGAAGAUACUACCUGUAAACUGCCACCGUUGGACCGGCUAGUGGAUAAUCCUGCGUUCAAGUGGAAUUUUGAACUGGAUACGUUCCAAAAACAAGCUAUUUUGUGCCUUGAGCGUAAUCAAACUGUUUUUGUGGCGGCCCAUACCUCCGCUGGUAAAACAGUUGUUGCGGAGUAUGCCUGCGCUCUCUGUCGACGUCGUGGUUCUAGAGUCAUCUAUACUAGUCCUAUAAAAGCCCUGUCAAAUCAGAAGUUCUAUGACUUCAGGCAUACAUUUGGAGAUAAUGUCGGACUAAUUACAGGGGAUAUUAAACUGGCACCAGAAUCUACUCUGCUUGUAAUGACCACAGAGAUCCUUCAUAACAUGUUGUGUAACGAUGCUGAUACCAUUAGAGAUCUAGAAAUAGUUAUUAUGGAUGAGGUACACUAUGUGAAUGAUGCUGAAAGAGGUCAUGUAUGGGAACAGAUAAUGAUUAUGCUGCCUAAACAUGUUUUACUUGUUAUGUUAAGCGCAACAGUUCCAAACAAAGUAGAAUUUGCCGACUGGUUAGGACGUAUACGAGAUACUGAAAUCCACGUGGUUGCGACUAACAAGCGUCCAGUUCCUUUAGAGCAUUUUAUCUUCACUGGUAUGGAUGGUCAACGAACAAAAGAUCACCUUCAUCUUAUAGUAGAUCAGACUGGUCACUUCAAUGUUCAGGGAUACAAACAAGCACAGCGCAUGCUUUGUGGAGAAAAAGUUGUUGAAAAGAAACCUAAUCAGCCUCCAGCUAAUCAGAAUACUAAAAAACCACCAAAGAAAGAUACCGGUGGAAAAAUGAAUACUCCUGGACACUUUCGUCCUCUUCCACCCUCUGGUGGACUGAGUGCACAUGAUCAUCGAACUAAAACUCUUUGGCUUGGUGUCGUCAAUCUUCUCCGGGAACGUGAUCUAAUGCCCACCAUCGCAUUUUCCUUCUCUCGAACAUCUUUAGAAAUAUUGGCUAGUCAUUUGUCGUCAGUAGAUUUACUGAAUCACAACGAAAAACAACAAGUUAAAAGUUUUCUCAAUGCUUCCGUUAUCAAGCGUUUAAGAAAAUGUGAUCGAUAUCUGGCUUCUGUACAGUUUAUCAGUAAAUUGGCUGAAAGAGGAUUGGCUGUUCAUCAUGCUGGCAUGAUGCCUUUGUUAAAAGAAGCCGUAGAGAUGUUGUUUCAACGUGGUCUAGUAAGAAUAUUAUUUGCUACUGAAACAUUCGCUAUGGGUGUGAAUAUGCCGGCACGUUGUGUCAUUUUUACUACACUGGAGAAAUUCGAUGGUCAAAAACGUCGUCCAUUGAAUUCAAGUGAGUAUACACAAAUGGCUGGUCGUGCAGGUCGUCGUGGUUUGGAUGCUUCAGGAUCUGUGAUUAUCCUACUUGGUAGUAUUGGUAAAUCUGUUACCUCAGCUAGCUCAGGUUUACCGCCUGAACAUACUCUGAGCGAUAUAAUUCUUGGCAGGCAAACUCAGCUAGUUUCAAAAUUCAAGAUCACCUACUCUAUGAUUUUACACCUACAUCGAACGAAUUGGUUGAGUCCACAGGAUGUUAUGCGACGCAGUUUUAUGGAAGCAGCUGGUCUUAGACGUGAGCUUGAGCGUAGGCAAUGGUUAACAGCUCUGCGCAAAAAACUCGACCAAACAACUACAUUUAUUCCGUCUGCGGGAUCGUCUAAUGUUUCUACCCAACUUAUACGCAAUUCUAGUAAGACCUUAACGAGUACAAUUAAUUCACGGAUAUCUGUUCCGUUUGGUGAACCAAUAUUACAAGUUAAAUGUCCCCUUGGUCAAACAGGCUGUUGUGAUGAAAUGACCACCUAUUAUCAAGCUUGUUGCAACUAUCGAAAAUUGACAGCAUCUGUUGUCAGUCUACUGGCUGAAGAAAAUAUAAACGAUUUACAACGUGUAUUUUGUCCAGGUCGUGUAAUAUUUAUCAGCCUGGCUAUUUCGGAAAACUCAUUAGCUCAGAGACAGUCUUCAUCAAAACAGUCAAGUUGGCUGGUACCUGCUGUUUUAGUCAAUUUGUCAAAGAAAAAGGUCAAGAAUGAGAGUGAAAUACAAUGGGAUAUUAUUACCUGGCAGGUACCUAGUCUACCGAAAAACUUGUACAAAACUGCACAGAAUAAUAAUUCUGUCGAAGAAGAUAACAAUAACAAGGAAAAAUUCAACGAAGCAGACGAAGAAGACAUCCUAAGGGAAGGUGAAGAUGUUCAGCUUUCUGUGACACCGUAUCCUCCCCAAUUAAUACCAGUUUUUGUUCCAAAUUCGCUGGAAGAUAGUCACGCUCGUCUAACAUUGUUGUCAAAUUCAUCGGCCCGAUUGUUUGUACGUAUCUGUGAUCAUGUUAUUACAUUUCAAAAUUAUUCAGCUGUUAACAAUCCUAAUGUUACUUUAUCAGAAAUGUUAAUUCGUGGCAUUAAACGACAUCGUCAACAAAUGGCUGCUUUAGAGGCUGGUAUGCGUUUAGUGACUGGUGCAAAUACAAAUGCUGGUGAUGGUGAUUCUCUGCUUUUACUUGAUGAAAUUAAUGUAACUUUAUUCAAUCUUGUGAGUUCAUUGGUUCCUGAACCGUCAAAAACAACAACAACAACGUCACACGAAUCUUCAUCAUCUACAAUAUACGGUCUGCCAUCAAGUUGGCCCACAAAGAUUGAUUUAAGGAAAUCUUUGAAAUUUAAGGGAAUUUCAGAAGAGGAUGCUUGCGUGUUUGAUGAGCACGCCUUGUUGAGUGAUGAGUUAACAACACCUUUAAUAAGCUCAGAAAUUACCCAACGAUUAGCUCCUGUCUGUUGUCCAGACUUGGUCGCACAUCUGGAAAUGAUCCAUCGUACCUGUCGUCGAAGGUGGGCAGUGAAAAGAAUUGAAGAGUGUCUCUCUGAUUCUCAAUUGCAGUUAAAUACAGAGUAUAUGGGACGUUUACGUGUUCUGGAAGAACUCGGAUUUAUCGAUUCUGCUACACAGUCUGGUUGUCUUAGUUUGAAAGGUCGAGUUGCCUGUGAAUUGACAAAAAUGGAAGUAUUAAUCACUCAGUUAUUGCUUGAUGGCUCAUUCACUGAUCUUUCACCGCCAGAUCUUGCAGCAGUUUUGUCAUGUUUUGUAUUUGAAACACGUGGCUCUGAUAUUAGCACAGAACAACAGCAAGAUGGUCAGUAUUUACAAAGUCUUCUUGACUCAUUGAGUAAUUCAGUUGUCUCCAGUGAAGAUGUCGGUAAUUCUUGUGUUACUUAUCCUCCAACUCUUGUACCAACAUUGGUGAAAAUUAUAUCCUUCGCGAUAGAGCUCGAACAAUUACAGACUAAGCAUGGUCUUAGCGAUCCGUCUGCUGAUACACGCAUCACUCUUCAAGUUGUAAACGCUGUCCAUGCAUGGGCACAAGGUUAUUCCUUCUCAAUACUGGUAUCAAUGACAAGUGUCCCUGAAGGACAUUUAAUACGUGGUUUACUGCAACUUGAUGAACUACUCCGUCACAUAUGCAGUGCCUGCCAUCAUCUUGGCGAUAAAAAUUUAAGCCUAAGAAUGACUGAAGCAAGAAAUGCAAUAUUACGUGAUAUUUUAUAUAUCAGUGGUUAUUCACAAGUGAAGUCAUUAAUUAUGGGGAAAUCCUCCCGCGAUAAGCGUGAUGUCUACUAUAGGCUAGCCAAAGAAGAAGGAUGGAGAGCUCGUAGUGCAUAUAAACUUUUGCAAAUUGAUCAGGAGUACAAUAUUUUGACCACUUCUGAUCAUGUCCAUGUGGAACGAGUGGUCGAUUUAUGUGCUGCACCUGGUAGCUGGUCCCAAGUACUAUCGAAGAUUUUAUGGAAACCAAAAUCUCCAGAAGCCCAGAAAUCUGUGAAAAUUGUAGCUGUCGAUUUGCAAGCAAUGGCGCCAAUACCAGGAGUGGUUCAAAUUCAAGGUGAUAUUACUAGUCAAGAUACUGCCCAACAAAUUAUCAGACACUUUGAUGGUAAAUUAGCUCAGCUUGUUGUUUGUGAUGGUGCUCCAGAUGUGACAGGUUUACACGAUUUAGAUGAAUAUGUUCAAUCACAUCUUAUUUUGGCUGCUAUAACGAUCUGUUCAAGGGUGUUGGAAAUCGGUGGCACUUUUGUAGCUAAAGUUUUUCGUGGACGUGACUCUGGCCUGUUAGCCUCUCAACUUCGAUGUUUAUUUUCGGGUCAAGUCAGUUUCGCUAAACCACGAGCCAGCAGAAAUUCUAGUCUAGAAUCGUUUAUUGUAUGUCGGGGUUUUGUGGGUCCUCGUUUACGGACAGAUUUAAAAUCGUCUCUACUAACUUCUGAGGAACAUUCUGAUAGUGAUAAUUUACUAUUAUUAUGGUAUGACAAGGAUAACUUCGAAGAUGUUGAUUCGUCUCAACAGGCUCUGUUACCAUUCAUUGCGUGUGGUGACUUAAGAGGUUUCGAUUCUGAUGUCACGUAUACACUGGACCCAGAACACGUGGUUAAGCCUCCAGUACAAGAUCCUCUUGAUCCUGCGUACUCAGAGAUGGUUACUCAAUCUGAGCAGUUGAUCCAAUCGUCUGAAAACAAGACAGAAUUGGAAAAGUAUCAACCGUCGUCUGGGGAAAUAUCCAAAACCGUUCUUAUCUCUCUGUUCUACUUGGUUGUGACUAUUGUUAUCGGAGUGCCUUUAUGGUGGAAAACAACUACACCAUAUCAUGCCCAUCUACCUUACUCUAAGAUUAGUGAGUUAAGCUCACGACCAAUUGAAAUCACUGUUCCAGUCAGGAUAGUUAAUUUUCAUGCUAAACUAAAUGAUGGUGAUAUCAGUGGAAUCAGUGACAUGUUCACUCAAUUCAAUAUGGAACAGUUGGACAAAGUGAAUACAGAUGUUACUGAAAAAUUGUACAUUAAUUAUCGUGUUAAAACAGAACAAGCUGGUCAAUCAGAAAUGGAGGCAUGCACACAUUCCCUUUCAAUGAGUAAUAAUAUUGACGAGUUUUCGUCUCACUUUGAAAAGGAUUUAAUCAAUUACUUAAGCAGUGAUAAUCUCAUCCAACAGGGGAAUACGUCUUCUGUCUAUCACUUCAUAUUGUUACCUUUGGUCGGUAAUGAUUUUCUAUUCAAUGGGAAGGAGUUUAAUGGCUACUCUGAGAUGCAACCAUUUUCGGUGAUUCGAAGCUCAAUUAACUUGAAUCUAAUCUACGUGUUUAUUCCAUCCACAAUGUUGUUGUCGUCGAGUGAGAAGAAUAAUGCAGAGACGACAAAAUUAGUAACACUGCAUAUUAAAUAUUUAUUGGAUGGUGUUUUGAUACAAGCAAAUCAUCUGAAAAGACUUGCACGGAAACAUGAGAGUCUUCGAAGUUUUCCGCCCACACAAACGACCGAAAAGAGCUCUAAAACAAUAAACGAAGCGUUGUCUGUGUCUACUGUGUACGAUGUCACUGUCACGAUACUGACACUCGGUGAGUCUCAGUUGCCAGUGAAGUCUAAAUCCAAUGAAUUAUCAGUUUGGUUUGACAAAAUGCUAACAAAUCCAAUCCCUUGGUUGAAAGCAAAUGUAGGCUCAGCUUUCAAAUCAUGGUUGCCCUACAUCCGAGUAGAUUUCUAUUCACAGAGACUGUAUGCAGAUAAUGCUGAACUAUUGAAGAAAAGGAUGAUACAGUGUCUGGAAGCUUUAAAAAAAUCGGUUGAAAUGAAAACGUACUACAGUAAAGAAGAAGUGGAAGAAAAGGAAAGGUGGGCUAUGCGGUUGAAAUAUUUCCAGUACAGUGCCACAAUACUGAAUCGAAAAUUCUUAUGAAGCCCAUUGAUGAUCCGUUUUCUAAGUUUUGUGUAUCCUUCAUAUAUAUAGUAAAGGUAUCUGUACAUAAAUUAAAUUGUCUCAUGAAGUCAUGUGUAACUGCCUACUUUAUCGUGCAUGUCUAUAUAAAACUAUAGGAGUUAACUAACAAAGAUUUACUUGCUUUGGUUUUCAUCUCAUCACUGAUGUAUCCA